AAAAAAUCAAAUAAAUCGUUUUUAAGAACAGUUUUAUUAUCCAAGCAAACUCAAAAGGGCGCGGAUAAUAAUAAAUAAAGAAAUGUCACUGCUGUGUGUUGGAGUGAAGAAAGCCAAGCUCGAUGGACCACAAGAAAAAUUCAACACCUACGUGUCACUGAAGGUUCAGAACGUGAAAAGCACCACUAUAGCCGUGCGAGGCAGUCAGCCAUGUUGGGAACAGGACUUCAUGUUUGAGAUUAACAGGCUGGAUCUGGGCCUGACAGUGGAGGUAUGGAACAAAGGACUGAUCUGGGACACCAUGGUUGGCACAUUGUGGAUCCCUUUGCACAGCAUUCGACAGUCGAAUGAGGAAGGGCCAGGACAAUGGUUGACUUUAGACUCCCAGGUCAUUAUGGCUGAAAAUGAGAUCUGCGGCACCAAAGAUCCCACCUUUCAUCGAGUGCUUUUGGAUACACGAUUCGAACUCCCAUUAGAUAUACCGGAGGAGGAAGCUCGAUACUGGGCCAAGAAAUUGGAGCAGCUCAAUGCCAUGAGGGACCAAGAUUACACAUACCAGGAGGAGCACGAGAGACCACUUCCAAUGCCAUCAACUCAGUGCUGUAACUGGAGUCUAUGGGGGGACCAACAAAAUGAUGAUCCAGACAGUGCUGUGGAUGAUCGAGACAGUGAUUACCGCAGCGAAACCAGCAACAGCAUCCCACCUCCGUUCUACACCACUUCUCAGCCCAACGCAUCCAUGCACCAAUACCCCAUCCGAAACAUGCACCAUGGCUCCCGUUACAACGACACUAACGACUACGACUAUGAUAACCAGAGAGCUAUUAGCCCCACCGGCAGUAGUCGCUAUGCGUCCUCGGGUGAGCUGAGCCGUGGUAGCUCCCAACUCAGUGAAGAGUUUGGCCCAGAGGAUGGUGAGAGCUUCCGUGGUUCAGUAGAGUUCUACGAUGAGAACGACUCCUACCAUUCCUGCCAUUCCUCCGUUAGCUAUGGUAAAGACUCACCCGUCUGGGAACCGGAUGAGCCGCAGGGUGUCUACAGUGAUGAUGGUGAGUACAACAAAGAUGGCGGUGAAGAAGGUGCACUCUACGAUGAAGAGGACGGUGAGAUCUACCAGCAGGAGGAAGGGGAGUACGCCUAUGAGGAGGAAGUGGAAGGAAUGGUGUAUGAAGUGGAUGAAGACCUUUAUCCAUUGGAUGGUACUCUCAGUGAAGAGCAGGAGCCACCCUACACCCCUACCCCAACCAGCACUGCCCCAACGUUGGCUCCUGAGGUGACCAGCCGUCCACCCCUGGAGAAACAGGCUUCUAUGCAACAGCCCCCGCAAUCCCAACCACCGUUUCAGACCAUGGAGCCUAAACGAGAGUCACCACCCCUACAACAGCCACUUGAUGUCUUUGCGAAGGUACCUCGUACCUCAACCCCACCACGGGUCUCAGAGUUUGAACCAGAGAAGGUCCCAAUGCCUGUAGGCAAGCUGGCAGCUCAUACAGAGGAGCCCUUGCUCACCCCUGCCACUGAGAUCCCACCUGAACCAGAACAAGAGAAGGAGUCUCCUCCUGAGAGCACACCAAAGCUGGAGCCACCUGUGGACCCUGCAGUAAGGGCCAAAGCCAACUGGCUACGACUCUUCAAUAGGGUUCGCCUUCAGCUGCAGGAGGCUCGAGGUGAGACUCCAGGACUUGCAUCACUCUUUUUGCAAGCAGGGCCUGGAGGUGCUCUCUACAGCAUAGACAGCAUGCCUGACCUACGUAAGAGGAAGGCCAUCCCUCUCGUCCGAGACCUGGCAAUGUCCCUUGUCCAGAACUCUCGAAAAGCAGGCAUCACUUCUGCUAUGGCCUCCAGCACACUUAACAAUGAAGAAUUGAAGAGUCACGUCUAUAAGAAGACCCUGCAGGCUUUGAUCUACCCCAUUUCCUGUACCACACCACAUAACUUUGAGGUGUGGACAGCCACCACACCCACCUACUGCUAUGAGUGCGAGGGGCUUCUGUGGGGCAUCGCUCGACAGGGCAUGCGCUGCACCGAGUGUGGGGUCAAGUGCCACGAGAAGUGUCAAGAUUUACUCAAUGCCGACUGUCUGCAGAGGGCGGCGGAGAAAAGCUCUAAGCAUGGAGCUGAGGAUCGCACGCAGAACAUCAUCAUGGUGUUGAAAGACCGCAUGAAGAUCCGUGAACGGAACAAGCCUGAGAUAUUCGAGCUGAUUCAGGACGUGUUUGCAGUCAUCAAGGCCACGCAUGUGACACACAUGAAGCAGAUCAAGCAAAGUGUCCUGGACGGAACGUCCAAGUGGUCGGCCAAGAUCAGCAUCACCGUGUUAUGCGCCCAGGGCCUGCAGGCAAAGGACAAGACCGGCUCCAGCGACCCUUAUGUUACGGUGCAAGUUGGCAAGACCAAAAAACGAACCAAGACUAUCUACGGCAACCUCAACCCUGUAUGGGAUGAGAGCUUCAAUUUUGAGUGUCACAACUCUUCCGAUCGGAUCAAAGUGCGUGUGUGGGACGAGGAUGACGAUAUUAAGUCCAGAGUAAAGCAGAAGUUCAAACGUGAGUCUGACGACUUCCUCGGUCAGACCAUCAUCGAGGUACGAACUCUGAGCGGUGAAAUGGACGUCUGGUACAACCUGGACAAGCGUACAGACAAGUCUGCUGUGUCGGGAGCCAUUCGUAUGCACAUCAGUGUGGAGAUUAAAGGAGAGGAAACCGUAGCUCCGUACCACGUCCAGUACACUUGCUUGCAUGAGAACCUUUUCCACUAUUUAACGGACAUCCAGAACAACGGGGUGGUGAAGAUACCAGAUGCCAAGGGUGAUGAUGCAUGGAAGGUUUACUUCGAAGAGACGCCCCAAGAAAUUGUCGAUGAGUUUGCCAUGCGUUAUGGAGUGGAGUCCAUUUAUCAAGCCAUGACACACUUUGCCUGCUUGUCAUCAAAGUACAUGUGUCCUGGAGUGCCUGCGGUCAUGAGCACCCUACUGGCCAACAUCAAUGCUUACUACGCUCACACAACCCAGGCCACCAACAAUGUAUCUGCCUCAGACCGUUUCGCUGCCUCUAACUUUGGGAAAGAGCGAUUUGUCAAGCUUCUGGACCAGCUCCACAACUCUCUGAGGAUUGACCUCUCUAUGUACAGGAAUAAUUUCCCAGCUAGCAGUCCUGAGAGGCUACAGGACCUCAAGUCUACUGUGGACCUACUGACCAGUAUCACAUUUUUCAGGAUGAAGGUCCAAGAGCUUCAGAGUCCUCCUCGUGCCAGCCAGGUAGUGAAGGACUGUGUGAAGGCUUGCCUCAACUCUACCUACGAAUACAUUUUCAACAACUGCCAUGAACUGUAUAGUCGAGAAUACCAAACAGACCCGAGCAAAAAAGGAGAGGUUCCUCCAGAGGAACAAGGUCCAAGUAUCAAGAAUUUGGACUUCUGGUCCAAGCUAAUCACUCUCAUUGUUUCAAUUAUUGAAGAGGAUAAGAACUCCUACACCCCCUGCCUUAACCAGUUUCCCCAGGAGCUCAAUGUCGGAAAGAUCAGUGCAGAGGUUAUGUGGAACCUGUUUGCCCAGGAUAUGAAGUACGCAAUGGAGGAGCAUGAAAAGAACCGCCUGUGCAAGAGUGCCGAUUACAUGAACCUGCACUUCAAAGUAAAGUGGCUUUACAAUGAAUACUGCAAAGACCUGCCUUUCUUCAAGAGCCGAGUGCCUGAAUAUCCUGCGUGGUUUGAGCCAUUUGUCAUCCAGUGGUUGGAUGAGAAUGAAGAGGUGUCUAGAGACUUCUUGCAUGGAGCCCUGGAGCGUGACAAAAAAGAUGGGUAUCAGCAAACUUCAGAGCACGCUCUCUUCUCCUGUUCAGUAGUGGAUGUCUUCUCGCAGCUUAACCAGAGCUUCGAGAUCAUUAAGAAGCUGGAGUGCCCAGACCCACAGAUUGUUGGACACUACAUGAAGAGAUUUGCAAAGACCAUUAGCAACGUUCUGCUCUCCUAUGCGGACAUUAUCUCCAGGGAUUACCCCAACCACUGCACCAAGGAGAAAGUGAAUGCAAAGGAUGGUGCUGUCAAGCCAUGCAUCCUCAUCAACAACAUCCAGCAGCUCAGGGUACAGCUUGAGAAGAUGUUUGAGGCCAUGGGAGGUAAAGAUUUGAACGUUGAAGCUAGUGACAUUUUGAAAGAACUCCAGGUGAAGCUCAACAAUGUUUUGGAUGACCUUGCAAGAAUCUUUGCCACCAGUUUCCAACCAAACAUCGAAGAAAAUGUCAAGCAGAUGGGUGACAUACUUAGCCAGGUGAAGGGGACAGGGAACGUGCCAGCAAGUGCUUGCAGCAGCGUUGCACAGGACGCAGACAACGUCCUCCAGCCCAUCAUGGACUUCCUUGACAGCAACCUCACGCUGUUUGCCAAGAUCUGCGAGAAGACAGUCUUAAAGCGAGUACUGAAGGAGCUUUGGAAACUGGUCAUGAACACAAUGGAGAAGACGAUUGUUCUGCCGCCUUUGACUGACCAAACGGGCACUCAACUCAUAUUCAACGCCGCCAAGGAACUCGGUCAACUCUCCAAGCUUAAGGAGCACAUGGUUCGUGAGGAGGCCAAGGCACUGUCCCCUAAACAGUGUGCAGUGAUUGAGUUAGCACUGGAUACUAUAAAGCAAUAUUUCCAUGCUGGAGGUGUGGGACUGAAGAAGACGUUCCUUGAGAAGAGUCCAGACCUGCUGUCUCUGCACUACGCCCUGUCCCUCUACACUCAGGCCACCGACAAACUCAUCAAGACCUUCGUUCAGUCCCAGAAUACACAAGUUCAUGGAGGGAAGGGGGUAAGGUUCAGCCAUAGUGAAGACGUGUACCCAGAGAAGGGUACUGGUGUUGAUGAUGCAGUUGGAGAGGUGUCUAUCCAUGUGGAGAUCUUCACUCAUCCAAAUACUGGAGAGCACAAAGUCACAGUGAAGGUGGUGGCUGCGAAUGACCUACGUUGGCAGACUUCUGGAAUUUUCCGGCCCUUCGUGGAGGUCUAUAUCAUUGGCCCUCAUCUCAGCGAUAAGAAGAGAAAGUACGCCACUAAGUCCAAGAACAACAGCUGGGCUCCAAAAUACAACGAGACCUUUACAUUCACGUUGAGUAACGAAGUGGGUCCGGAGUGCUACGAGCUGCAGGUGUGCGUGAAAGACUACUGCUUUGCACGAGAGGACCGCACCGUUGGAAUGGCGGUACUGCAGCUAAAGGACGUAGCACCGCGGGGUAGCGUAGCAUGCUGGCUACCGCUAGGUAAACGCAUUCACAUGGACGAAACCGGCCUGACCGUUCUGCGAAUCCUGUCCCAGCGCAACAACGACGACGUCGCGAAAGAAUUUGUCAAACUCAAAUCCGACCAGCGUUCUGCUGAGGAGGGGCGGAGCUAAGACCAGGAAGUAUCUAGUGAGGCACAGUUAUUUUGUCGAAAACACUGCCCCCUAAUGCUCAGAUGUUGCACUAGCACACAGAUAAAAAACACAAGACAUAUUUAUCUUGGUUCUUCACUUUAAUGACCAACCGUUUACGUGACAAAGCAGUUAUAUAUUUGUACUCAGUGCACUGCCAUUAGACCUGCCAGGAAGGGCUUGUUUAACAAGCACAAUUUGGCACAUGAAACAGACACAGGAUAUUGUAUCUUUUAAAUACUUGAUGUUUGUGAUGUCCUUGAUUUUUAUAAUGCAUAUUCCAAGGAAAAAAGUUACUUAAAUCCAACACAUUUAUCUAUUUAUUCUGCAAAACAUUAAAUAUCACUAUCAGUUCACACGUAUCAAAAUAUAAA